CUAUACAGCCCAUUUUCCAGUAGGACGUCAAUGGCUGAAGAGAACCGUAGACUGGCAUAAAAUAUGUCAGGACUGUCAGAAACAGAGCGCGCUGGCUGUUCAGUGAUACUAAAGCUCAUGUCCAAAGCCGACUUGUAUUCACUUAGUGACACUGUCACGAAUAGGAUGGUAGUUGUGGAAAACAGCACAGAGGCUAUGGAAACCAUUCUGUCUUUCAGUAAAAGUGCUGAGGAAUUUCUGAGAAGGAAGAAGGUUCAUCGUGACCUAAUUUUUAAGCAUCUGGCCAAAGAGGGUGUGGUGAUGUCCCCCAACAGUGAGAAACACCAGUUGGUGAAGAGGACACUGGAGCUUUGGUCGUCAGGGAAGGCUGCGGUUAAUAAAGGAGAGACGGAUAACACCAGGGAUAAAACCUCGGACUUGCAGGAUGAGGUGGGCUUUGACCCACAGGUCCUCGGCCAGCAGUUCUGUCGGUGGCUCUUCCAGAUCCUCAACAGUCAGAAUGCCUCACUAGGCCAGCAACCUCAAGACUGGGGACCGCAACACUUCUGGCCAGAUGUGAAGCUACGUCUCCUCUCCAGAGCUGGCAGUGAACAGAUGGAGGAGUUCAAUGGUGCUGAACUGGUUAGCCUUCGUCUCCUAGCCUUGACCAGGGAUGAACAACUCCUACUCAGCCCUAACCUGGAGUCCCAUGGCAUCAGGACCCUUGUUUCCCCUCAUGGCUUGGUGCUGGUGGCCGUGGCUGGGACUAUCCAUAGAGAUGAAAUAUGCCUGGGAAUAUUUGAGCAAAUAUUUGGCCUUAUCCAAUCGCCAAUGGAAAAUAACAUCUGGAAGAUCAAGUUUGUCAACCUGAAGAUCAGAGGACAGGAUGCUCUGGGUGGGACAGAGGUGGAAGCGCCUUCAUUGACUUACAACUCCAGUGAACUGCGAUUCCUCUGCAGCUGAUGACAGUCACACUCAUUACUCAAUACUAAAUUCCCCAAAACCCAUUUUUCCACAGGCUGGGUUGAGCUACUAGCAAAGCAUUGAAAUCGACUUAAGAGGCUUAUUGGUGUCUUCAGCAGCUGCAGCUUCUUGUGGUGGAAUCAUUUGUCUUGCCUUCUUGUGUUGUGACGCAAAGCUAUUGUGCUUUGUUGGCCUGUGCCUUUUGUAAGAUAAAAUAUAAAUACAGACACGCUCUUGUAAAUAAGUACCAUAUUAAAUACAAAUAUUAUAUAAAGUGCUUCUGUAUAAUUCUGCUUUAUCAAAAUAUCUAACAUUAGAUAUACCCUUUCUAUAAUGUUUUUUUCUUAAAAGCUCCAGAAGUGUAACUUCUGUCGCCCCCCCUGAGGACUUCUGGGUAAUUACUGAAAAAUGACUUUGAUUACACAGUUGUGAGCAGUUGUCUUGUCAAAUUGCUGAACACGUCCAGGGUUGUUUUUUUUAACAGAAUAAUCUACUUUGGAAGAUUUUUGUGGGAGUUUCAAGGCAUUUUCAGUCAUACUUCAACCUUUUGCAGCCAUCUCACUUCAGUAGCACUAUGCUGAUUUUGUGCUUCAGGCUUCAGUUGGCACGUAAAAAAAAAAUCACUUCCUGUCUACGGUGUGGGAACGUGGCCAGACGUCACAGGAUUUAACACGGCUGAAUUCAGAAACAUGGCGAGAGUUGUGUAGUUGAUGGGUUCAAUCAUCAUGGUGUGAACUCAUUUGGCAAUGUCUUGAAUGUAAUGGACUUUUAUUUAUAUUAAAAAGUUACGCUCUGCAGCUUUAAGUCAUUUUAGUUUUUUGCCAGUUUAUGAGUUUUACACAUUUACAGUGGGGUCGGGAAGUAUUUUUAGUGCACUUGUCUGUAAAUUGUGAACUCCUAUUGAAAUAAAUUCAUUUGUUUUA